GCAUCAAUUACAUUGCAAGUUCACGAGUAAUUGCACGCAUCAUCAGAAUACCCUUAGCCUUCUUAGCCUUCGACACACGCGUAGUAAUACUGCGCUGCUUAAAUACAUACGUAUACGCUCUUGUCUCUCCCUUUAGGCAUCAUGCACGACAGGACGAGACGGCAAGCAGCCCUCGCAUGCGCCUGUGCUCUCGCUUACAUCGCGCUUGCAGCAUCGCCCGCGCAAGCAGCCAACACGACGACCAAUAGCACCACAUGCUCGGUUGGAUACUAUCGCCGCUCGGCGACGGACGCGACUUGUAUGCCUUGCGCGCGCAACACCUACCGCAGCGCCGCGAAUGCCUCGUCGGCAUGCCUGCCAUGCCCUCGGGGCUGGACCUCCGACAUUGCCUCGGGCUCUUGCACCAUCUGCCCAGCGGGCUACCUAGUUCCAACGUCAGGGAUCUUUGCUGGCUUGUGCGUCCCCUGCGCCAAGAACACAUUCAGCAGCGUGCCGGGUUUUAGCGGCGCCGCGUGUCAGCCGUGCCCAGCACUCCAGUUCGCCUUCCAUGGCAGCACCAGCUGCGCCGCCUGCCCGCCCGGCCGCUUUAUUCCUCAGUCUGAGGAUGAUGCGCCUUCGCCUGAGUACGUGGGAGACUGUGUGGACUGUAAGCUCAACACGUACAGCGACCAAAGCACAUUCGCGUUCGCAUUUCGACAGCACUCCGCUAAGAAGGAAUACAGCUGGGACCCGCCAACCUGUGAGCCCUGCCCCGAGGGCUACUAUGGCGCAAUUGCCGGCGCCACCACCUGCAGCAAGUGCCCCUUCGGCAGCACCAGCAGGCCCGGAGCCACCUCCUGCUUCCUGUGCCCCGCGGGCUCCUACGUGUACAACGUGGAAUCCACCUACAGCAGUCAGUACGGCAAGUGCAAGCUGUGCCCGCGCGGCACCUUCAACCCCACACCGGGCUUCUCUGGGACCACGUGCCGGACCUGCCCACCAGGCUCCAUCUCAGACGAGGGUGCCGCGGAGUGCCAGCUGUGCCCCGUGGGGACGUACACCAGCGCAUACGGCAAUUGCAACCAAUGCCCCCGCAACACCUUUGCUGCCACGCCCGGCACGGUUGGGCAAUGCACGAAUUGCCCGUCCGGCAGCACUGCGUCUGCUGGCGCCUCACAAUGUGAGGUGUGCCCCGCUGGCAGCGCCGUCAACUCCUACGGCUAUUGCGAGACGUGCCCCCGUGGAACCUACAACCCGACACCCGGCCGCGUGGGCGCCUGCUCCCCCUGCCCCACGGGUCAAGUGAGCAUCAACGGCAGCACCGCCUGCGCACCCGUACCGCCCGGAUUCUACCUGCGAGCGUACGACGGUACGGCACAGCUUUGCCCUAUUGGCACCUAUUCGGACACAUACGGCACUCAAGGCAGCUGCAAGGACUGCCCAACGGGCACCACUACAAAGGCGGAGGGCGCACGCAACGCCACGUACUGCAAGCUGUGCCCGGCCGGCAAGUACAUCAACGACGACGCCCGCUGUGUGGCUUGCCCCGCUGACACGUACAGCGACGCCCCCGGUUCCACAUCCUGCAAGUCCUGCCCGCCACGCUACGCCGCGCCCGAGGGCUCCAGCCACCCCGGCCACUGCCGCCUGUGCCCGCCCGGCCGCUUCUUCGCUGCCGGCCCUGAAGGUCAACCCGAGGGCCGCUGCCUGCCCUGCCCCCGCAACACCUUCAGCAACGCGUCCGGGCUUGUGGCUGACACGUGCUCACCGUGCCCGUCGGGGACCACAAGCGAGGAGGGAGCAGACCAGUGUACGCCCUGCCCUGCUGGCAGUUACGUACGACAGGGCGUACAGCUGCCCGGCGGUGAUCCGUACACCGUACGGGAUGCCACGUGCGUGCCAGCAGACAAGGGCUUUUACACCGACACGGAGCGUUCUCUGGAGCAGCUGCCAUGCCCUGUGGGCAGCACGACAACUGACAAGGGCAGCACGGAGUGUACGGCCUGCUCUGGCGACGCUAGUGGCAGUAUCCAGGAGGGCGUGUCACUUUGCCUGGCCUGCGACCCCAUCUCCGCCGCGGGCGCCGGCACCUGCACUGCAGGCAGCGGCCGCAUUUCCGGCUGCUCAGCAAAGGACGCUUGCGAGGUCUGCCCCGCCGGCACGAUUGCCGCCUUCGCGCCCGACAUGGGUCGGGACGCCUGUGUCCCCUGCCCCCGCGGCUCCAUCUCCGCGACACCGGGCUCCACCAAAUGCUCUCUGUGUCCCGCCGGCAGCUCCACGGACCGCCUGGGCUCUUCCGCCUGCACUCCCUGCAAGCCGGGGUACUUUUCCGCAGCCCCCGGAGGCAUCUGCGCGCCCUGCCCUCCCGGCACGUUCGCGGCCGGCCCCGGUGCCACCACAUGCAGCCCCUGCGCCGCCGCCACUACCCACUUCCUUCUCGCCCGCACCACCCAGUCCGACUGCCGCAUCGCGCAUGUGCCUGGCGGCCCUGGUCUAUCCCUGACCGAGACCAUCACCAGCCUUUUCAGCGCCAAUGAAUUCAACGAGGAGACUCGCCUCGUUACCACCAGCAAGACCACGCAGUGGACGCCGGCGCGGACUGUGACUGCCGUGCCCGGUGGUGCACCCGUGCCGGCCCCCCCUGGCUUCACCCGCAUCCGCAAGGAGCUGGCUACCGGGCUCCGAGCGGAGCCGGUGGCAGAAGCGGACCUUCAGCCACCCGAGCCCACACUCGCCCGCAGCUACCAACUGUUCAAGCUGGCAGCACCAGGUGGUGGAGGCGGCAGCACCACCUACGCUGUCCUGGUGGCCUAUGGCAAUGACGGAUUCAAGGUGUGCCAAGCAGUGCGGGCAGAUGGCGUGAUUGGCAAGUUGGCGCUCAGUUGUGAGCGGGUCACACGCGAUAUUGUUGGCCCCAACGGGGCGUUGCGGGAAGCGGAAACCCUCAAGCUCGUGGAGACUUGAUGACGUGCUGGUGUGAAUCUUUGCGGUGCGAAUAGCAGAGAUGUGAUGUACUAUGGACAAUACUAUAAUAGAUGCAGGAGCAGUAGAACUGCAAUCAAAGUUCCGCAUGUGUGGGUGGCAUGAGCCAAUGUGCAGGUAUGUGCUCCCGUGGUUGUAAUGGCUGAGCAUGACUGAUGAGGAAGUGAGGCUGGUUCAACAAUACGGUAUUAUUAUGGUCUGCGUCAAGACAACAUUCAUAAGCACACGGGAUGAUACCAGUUUGCAGCUGUAGAUAAAAUCGGACGUACAUACGACUGGGCUGAUGGCCACGGCUGGGCUGAUGCCAUGUACGCCCUACCCACUGUACGGUACAUAAAAUGCAUGUUCUCGUUGUUGACGUGUUCCUCGAAGGCUGGGCUUGGAUUCAAGUG